AUGUCGGAACUACCACCGCCCAUCAAAAUCAACCCGCCAUUGAUCAACUCGGCUAACCCAUGGGCAUCCGGCGAUGUGGACUUAGAGCGGCUGUAUCUUUGCCCUUCCACAGGCGCAGUUACAACUCGAACCGCUACUUUGGACGGCUUCAAGCACGAUGACGCUAUUCAUCGAUACACCUUCUUCGAUCCCUCUAGUCCCGAAACCUCAAAAUCCACCAACCCAACCCCCCAAGAAGCCAGCAAAGCUCCUGCUCAAAAAGCAAGCUUGAACACACUAGGCUACAGCCCUUACGCUCUAAUUCAAUAUAUGCAAUGGAUAUACAAGAUCUAUACUACUUGCUCUGGUACUCAGCCCAUCAAACCCUUCAUCAUCUCAGUCACGGGCACCCCGACCGAGGUCGGUGAAUGCUAUACAUGCAUCGCCGAUUACCUGUCCGAGUAUAUAACCGCCGGUCACAUCUACAUGGAAAUCAAUCUCUCCUGCCCCAACAUACCCAACAAACCUCCUCCCGCGUACUCUAAAGACGCACUGGUCGAGUACUUUCGCCGCCUGCGGUUCACGAUGCGUGAUAAACUCAGACCAGACUUACCACGCCUGCCCUUCGGCAUCAAAACACCACCCUACACCCACUCCUCCGAAUACAACGAACUCAUCUCUGCCCUCGAAGAGGAAGGUGAUCAAGUCUCCUUCAUAACAUGCACCAACACCCUAGGGUCAUGUCUCGUUCUCUCACCCGAGGGCGACCCUGUUCUGCCGGGUAACGGGAUUGGGGGGAUGGCCGGGGCGGCGCUGCACCCGUUGGCCCUGGGGAAUGUGGCUACUAUUCGGAGGAUGUUGGAUGAGAGACCGAGUUUGAAGCAUAUCACUGUAAUAGGGAUUGGAGGUGUGGAGGAUGAGAAGGGGUACAAGAGAAUGAGGGCUGCUGGGGCGGGGGUUGUUGGGGUGGGUACUGCUUUAGGGGUGAAAGGAGUUGAGGUUUUUGAGGAGAUUGAGAAGGGAUUGAAGGGGGGGUGGUGA